UUUUUUGGGAAAACACUAAAGAACCUACGCUCAAAAAAUUUUUGGAUUUUCGGCUUCGUUCCGGUGACUUAGAGGAUAUGCAAACCGAGCAUAAUAAUUACAAGAAUGAGUUGUUAACCAUUAGUUCGUAUUAUGCCAAAAUAUCUGAAAUUGGGGAAAAAUAUUGGGAAAGACUGCUUGUUUGUUGGUGUGCACAUCUUCCAAUGGUGUGUCGUGCAUAUAGUUUAAUGGACUUACUUUGCGAUCUGCUUGUUCGUAAAGGAAAAAAACUGCUUGUUGGUCCAGAAUGGUCCUCGUGGACUACCUUUCGAUCUGCUUAUGGUAUCAUUGAAGUCAGUUUAAAUGCGACGGACUUGGAGAUUGGUUUGAUGGAAGUUGUUGGUAGUGCAAUUGAAAUUGACUUUAAAAAACUAGGCGAGGACACUGAAAAAGUCUUCAAAGCAAUGCAAAUCUCCAUGUUCUAUCAGAGACUAUAUUUCCUUCAACGUGGAGCCACUGAAGAUAAAAUCAAAUGCAUAGAAAGUUACGGAAUUGUAGUAUAUCAACGUGUAAUUACCAUUUAUACAAUGCAUCGCAUACCAGAAGGAAUAUACAUUGUUGAUAUACUUAUGCAAUUCUCUAUUCCUGAGAUCAAAAAUGAUUUCUACAUGAUCAAAGAACUUAUUGAAAAGAUUUAUUUCUUCAAGAUUCGUAUUAUGGAAUACUAUACAAAAAUGCGAGCGAUCAUACAGAAUCCAAGUAGAACAUAUAUUCAAACAAAAGAAUUACCAACUGAGGCAUCACCAUCAAAGACGUCAAAGAAGAUAUUUGAAAUUUAA